GCGGCACUGUUGCUAUCUUGUGUGUGGGACGAGACUGAAAAAAUAAAAAAACAGAAUCCGGCUUCGGGUUUUUAAACCGGUUACCCCAUGUCCCUCCGUUCAUUCAGGACGACAGUUAACGGGCCAGUGACGUGUCCACAAACUAAGAAAUCGCAAAUUCGUGCUUGAAGUGCCACUGGUAGAGUCAUGACCCUGAGACCAACCAAUGGCUGCAGACAGCUGACCUUGACCCUUGGCCUGUCCCUGACUCUGGCCCUGCUGCAGUGGCCAAUAGGAGGUGUUUGUGGUCAGGAUGGACUAUCUCAAGUCCUUCAGGAACUGCUGAUGCGCUAUGGUGACAACACCACCAUCUCUGUCCCCCAGCUUCGAUCGCUUCUUGUGCGGUUAAAUGGAGGACAGAUUGGAAACCACAGCUUACAAACAAAGCCCACCAAAACUAAUACAUCCAAAUGCUUGGCAGUAGACACUCUGGCAGUGUAUGGGAUGAAUGAGCAGUCCCGUUUAGAUGAACAGGGUCUACAGGACAUCUGCCCCACCAUGAUACAGCAACUGGACUCACAAGCAUGCAAGUCUCAACAGGACCAGGAGUCCGAGACCAGUCCCGGACCCUCUGAUGCCGAGGUGUGGGGGUAUGGUUUCCUAAGCGUGACAGUGAUAUCUCUGUGUUCACUGGCCGGGGCAAGUGUGGUUCCCUUCAUGAGGAAAACCUUUUACAAGCGGUUGCUGCUGUACUUCAUAGCCCUGGCCAUUGGUACUCUGUACUCCAACGCCCUCUUUCAACUAAUCCCAGAGGCAUUUGGAUUUGACCCCAUGGAGGAUUAUUAUGUCUCCAAGUCUGCUGUUGUGUUUGGAGGAUUCUACUUGUUCUUCUUUACAGAGAAAAUCCUGAAGAUGAUCUUGAAACCAAAGGACAGGGGAGGCCAUGGCCACAGUCACUUCCCUACAGAGCGCUAUGCCAAUUCUAAUGGUGACUUGGAGGAUGGCGUGAUGGACAAGUUGCAGAAUGGAGAGGCUGAGGCAGUGGCCUUACCCAGAGCAGAAGGCGAUAUCAGAGGGGUCGGAGAAGAUGACAAAAUGCUAAGCACAGGGCCGACAGUGCAGGACUCUCAGAGUUCAGGUGGUGCUGGAACAGGUGGAUGUUAUUGGCUGAAGGGCAGGGCGUAUUCUGACAUCGGUACUCUGGCGUGGAUGAUCACUCUGAGUGAUGGUCUCCAUAAUUUCAUAGAUGGUCUAGCUAUCGGGGCCUCCUUCACUUCCUCUGUGUUUCAGGGCAUCAGUACAUCAGUGGCAAUUCUUUGCGAGGAGUUUCCACAUGAGUUAGGUGAUUUUGUAAUCCUGCUAAAUGCUGGCAUGAGCAUCCAGCAGGCGCUGUUCUUUAACUUCCUGUCGGCGUGCUGCUGUUAUCUGGGCAUGGGCUUUGGCAUCCUGGCUGGAAAUCGCUUCUCUCCUAGCUGGAUCUUUGCUCUAGCUGGGGGCAUGUUCCUUUAUAUAGCACUGGCUGAUAUGUUCCCAGAGAUGAACGAAGUCAGCCGUGAAGAAGAGGAGGCAGGAGGAAGUGGCUCCCUGGUCACUUUCGCCAUCCAAAAUGCAGGGCUGCUCACGGGUUUUGCCAUCAUGCUUUUACUCACCAUCUACUCGGGACAGAUACAGCUUGGAUAGCAGUGGACCUAAAUCAGAACUCAGAACCUAAAGGACUAACUCAGUACCUGAGGCUUAACGUCAAACCUCCAGACUUAAAAAUGAGUCUGCUGUGCUGGCUUGUAGUUACCCAGCUGGACUAAAUCAGGACAUACUGUAAAUGGACAUGUUAUGGGCUUAGUUGGUGCUCAGAUUAAACCCUGGACUGUUUGAAUGAAGUUAGAAUUUUGACCGAAUCCUAAACAAACUGACUCGAGUCCAAACUGACCUGUGAAUGUUUCUCUAGAGUCCUCCAAAACCAAGGACAUGUGGAUGGAGUCUCUUCCAUUUGUCUUGAUUACGCCUGGUCUCAUUCUUCUGUCUUAAAAAAAGCUUUAGGACACUAUUGUGUUCAUAUAAACUAUUGAUUCCACCACCCCAUUGUUGACAUCUGGGCAUUUGUGAUGGUUUAUAAGGUUCUAAUUUCUUUCUGUUCAAUCAAAAAGCCUCUCUCUUUCAGAGACGAGAUUUCUACAUACUCUUUACCACGAAGACUCCAAAAACCUGACUUAUUUUACUGUCAUUUCCCCCAAAUCUUUAGCCAAAUAUAGGUUGUUGUUACUAAUUGCAUUGAUGCAAGGUUUUUAUAGAUCUAGAGACUAUAAAAACAAGUUACCAGUAGAUGGCACUCAAAACUCUCUAAAACUGAACAAUUAUGUUCUGUAGGUCUCAUUAAUGAAAGGUUACUUAGUACUGUUUCAUAAGGACAUAAGGUCUUAGUUUAGUAACAAAGAAGUAUUUGCUUACAGACUUAUUGUCCCCGUUUACUUUAAAAAAAAAACAAAAAAACAAUUUAUGCGUUGCACCAUUCAUUCCAAUUUUUGUAUUGUUAGUUUUGUUUUGUACCUCUUUGUCAAAGAAGACGAGACCAAUGUCAGACCGGCAUUCCUUUGGAAAGAUCUGUUCUACUUCCUCAACAAAAAGCAAAAUGGAUGAUGCCGUUUUUUAAAGCCAAAUUCAAACUGCCCUUCUCAGUUUUAAUACUGAGAAUACAGUAAACUUGCAUAUUAGUUGAUGAACAUACAACCAAAAUGGAUCAUUCUGCCACACCCAGUUCAGCUAGUCAUUAGUGCCCUCAUUAUCUAAUUUACACAAUGAAAUAUCAUGGUUUUUUUCAACAUUUUUCCUUACUUUUUUUUUUUUAUCUCCCCAUACAGGUCUGUUUAUAUUGUAAGAAAUAAUUAGGAACUGCGAGCAAAAUCUGUGCAAAAACGACGAAAGACUAGUAAUGCGAAAGUAAUACUGUAUAUCAUUCCUUCUGAUCCCGUGAUAAAACCCUUUCCUCUGCUUAAAGCACAUAGUGUAGUACACUAUAUAGAGAUCUUUGCUAAUUCAGUAUCUAGACCGACAGGUCACUUAGGCUUCGAUAUAUAUGGCUUAAGAGGUUUUGAAUUUAAGAUUGACAUUAGGAAUAUUGUUAGAUAUUUGAUCUAUGAGAUAGACGUUAUAUUUUCUCUGCAGAAGAAUACGAUUUUCAAUGGGUAGGGAAAAUGUUGACAUUAUUCAGGAAAGUGAUCUUACACAUAACCUUAUGUUCAUUAUUUAUGUAGAUUCAGACAUUUAUCCGUCUUUUAUGGACUGUAUCACCCCUGUCUUCCAUAUAUAUUCUUCCAUUAUACUUCCAUUGCUUAUUAUUCAUUUUGGUGGAGUUAUAAUGUUAGCUGCUACUGCACAACUAGACUUUUAACACUGAAUCAUGCAUCCGAAAACCUGACAUCCCAAUAUGCUGUAGUGUAGAGAGAAUAGCCGUUAGAUCAUCUUGUUCAUUAUAUGAAAGGUAGCUCUGUGUGGACACAUUUGAGUGCAAUUUGUUUUUCUGGGCGGUAUUUGUGCAUUUAGACUAUCAAAAUAUUUUUUGAACUGUCUCUCUAUCUGAUAAGUGUACAUGGUAGUUACAGUACAUUCAGCUAUGUGUCCAACACAGGUUCAUUUCAGUCAUUAUUUCAGUUGAAGUCUAAUUUCUAUGCAUUGACACGCGUCCUCUGAAUUGAGUUUAUGCCUUAAAGAGAGGAGGUAGUCUCGACACCUUUUUUUAACAGGAAAUCUAUUACGUUUUGUACCUCAUUUAAAAUGUGUAAUAUUUAAUGACAAUUUUGUAGUGUAGAGUAUGUGUGCCCUUUUGUGAUUGUUUUAAGUCAUUGUUUUUGUGUCUUGUCAUAAAAUAAAAUCUAUUUUUAAUUGAAUUGAAGCUGUUUUAACUGCUUUGCUGUAAAAGAAAUGUGAGUACUGUAAGUCAACGAGAUUCUCAUGUUUCUUGGAAGGUGAAAGCCAGUGUACCUGGUUAUGUGAAGGCAUAAUAUUAAUUACUGUAAACAUCUCAAGUGUUGUGUUAUUGUAUGAAUUACUUGUGCAACAUGUUAAAACUGAUUUCUGGUAACUUUUUUUUCUUUUUGAAAAAUUAAGCCAUGAGUUUUCUGUGUAUAUUUUGUGCAAUGAAUAUAUGAUACCAUCUGAUCAAAAAUACAAA